CUCGUGAUUGCCUGUGCGAAAGUGCUCGGGCCCUGGGCGGGGUGACUGCGAUUGGCCGCUGUUGCAAAGAUGGCUACGUUAGUGGACGGCAUUUCACAGCUGGUCUUGGACGUGACCUGCUCUCUCUGUCAGGCUAUCUUCGUCGAUCCCGUGGAGCUGGAAUGCGAGCAUUAUUUCUGCCGGGAAUGCAUCACCAGACAUUGGGAAGAGCAGGGUCAGCACGUUUGUGCCCUGUGCUCGGACAUCUCGCCCACUGGCAUCUUGAGGAGUAACCGCAAGCUCUCGAACAUCGUGGCGACGAUCUGCCGGGAGCAGGUGCGGCUGGGGGACAGCAUCCCAGCUCACCACUGCUGCCCAGAGCACCGGAAGAAAAUGGAACGGUUCUGCAUCACAGACUGUGAGGUGAUUUGCCUGGACUGCCGCGAUUCAAGGAAGCACUUGCACCACGAUGUCCUCAACGUGCAAGAGGCUGCUGAAGAGUUCAAGGAACAACUUCAGAAGUCUGUGACUAAACUGCAAGCCAUGAUUGAUAAACGCAAGCUGGCAAAAAGCAAGUAUGAAAGUUUACUGCAGGAUAUCUCGAAUAUGAUGCAGAAUGUCACGGAGAGCAUCAAGAAGAGCUUCGAGCAGCUUCACAGUUUCCUCUACAAGGAGGAGUCUGCUCUGCUGCAGCAGCUGAAAGCCGAGGUUAACCUGCAGAGCACCCAGCUGCAAGAGAAGAUCGAUCAGAUCCCCAAAGACUUGUCUUCGCUGGACGCCAGCAUCAAGGCGGUACAGAAGGAAAUAGGCCUACAGGACAACGUUGAUUUCCUGCUGAAUCUAAAAGAAACACAGAAAAGAACAAAGGUUUUGGUGCCUCCCUUGGAACACGUGGUCAUGAAGGUGAAGCCUGAGAACUACCUAGGUCCUCUGCAGUACUGGACUUGGAAAAACAUGUUCAAGAUCUUAGAUCCAGGUCUGUCUAAUCUGACUUUUGAUCCUGACACUGCCAGCUCCCACCUCUCCCUCUGUGGACCAACGAGAGUGAGGUACAACGAGAAGCCCAAGUUGGUUCCUGACAUCCCGGAAAGAUUCAGCGUUGCCGCCUUCAUCCUGGCCACCGAUGGGUUCACUUCGGGAAGGCACUACUGGCAAGUGGACGUGGGAGAUGGGAAGGAUUGGAGUCUGGGUGUGGCAAGAGAGUCUGUCAACCGGAAGGGUGAUGUCCGGCAGUCUCCUAAGUAUGGAUACUGGACAGUGUACAGGGACAAGGACAAUUUUGGUGCUUUCUUAGUCCACCCUAAAGUGAUCGAGAUGAAGGACAUUCCUACACGGAUUGGGGUUUACCUAGACUAUGAAGGUGGAAGGGUUUCCUUCUAUGAUGCGGAUAUUUUUUCUCAUCUCUUCACUUUUCAUGCCACCUUCACUGAGAAGGUCUACCCGUUUUUUUACCCGGGCUUGCACGUGACCAAGAGCAACUGGGGGAUGCUAAGAUUGCACCACCUCUACUUGUGAGUGAGCUGCAAAUUCCUCAGGGCGACAAGUUCAACCUUCAGCUUCUGUAAUGCAUACUUGUUUUUGUUUUUUUAUCUCCUCUGACCCUAUGCUGCAUGUUGUAGUUCCCCCCCCCACCCCGUCACCGCUCCCCUCACCCCUCACAGAAUCUCCUAUAGCUACCAAUUCCAAUGGAGUUCUACAAGUUGACCAGUCAAGUGGGCCAGUCAGGCACUUUGCCUGUGGUUCUGUAGUAUGUCACAUAAUUAGGGAGUAUUGGUUUAUAGAAGCUCUAACAAAAGUAGCAUAAAGUAGCAUACAGUAGCAUAAUGGUUAGUAAAACGCUAUUAUACUGCCAGCAGACAGGGUUCAAUUCCCACCACUGUCUUAAGGGGUUUGUAUGUUCUCUCUGUGACCACGCUGGUUUCCUUCCAUAUUCCAAAGAUGUACAGAUUAAGGUUAAUGAGAUGUGGGCAUGCUAUGUUGACUCUGGAAGUAUGGCAAGCCUUGCAGGCUCUCCGCAACACAAUCCUGUUGGUCAUUGAUGCAAAACAACAAAUUUCACUGCAUGUUUCAAUGUACAUGUGACAAAGUUAAUCCUUACCUCUAACUGUUUUUAAAUCUCUAAUAAUAUUGGGUCAGUUUACCUGCAUUACCUUAAACAUGUUCUUCCUAGCUGCAUAUAGGUUUGGAGUUAACACCAUUGAUCUUUUUAAAAUCUACCUUGCAUCUUUCCUUAAAUCUCUUAUUAGUUUCCCUAUUAGAUAUUAACAAGUGGGUGGACAGGGAAGAAUUUGGUUACAAUGGUGAUUAAUUACUGUGGAGUAUUCUGAAGUGGACACGAAAUGAGGUAAUGCAAAGCAAAUCUCCAUGCAGUCUGGGUAUGUUGAACUUGGGCAUUGCAUAUAAUCGAAUAACUUUGCUGUUGACACAUUUGAGUUUGGUUCCAAACUAAAAUCUUGAAAUAAAAUCAGAAACGCCUCUGUAGGAGGUGGGAGAGAAACACAAGAGUUAUCUUUUGAGGUUGACUGUUUUUAGAACAGUACAGGCCCUUCAGCCCAUGACUUUCCUAACACAAUGUCAAUUGUUUUUCUUUAAAAAACUACCAAUAGAUUUCUCUGAUAUAAAAAAAAAACCCUCAAAUUAUAGCCAGUUUCCACUGCUUUAGGAGACUGUAUUAUUGCAUAGUGUGUUAGUGCUAUGACAUGGCAGCACUGUUGUUCUUAGACACAAAAAAUUAUGCAGAUGCUGGAAAUCCAAAGCAACACACACAAAAUGCUGGAGGAAUACAGCAGGUCAGAUAGCGUCUGUGGAAAUGAGUAACAGUUGACCCUUCUUCAGGACUGGAAAGGAAGGGGGAAGACACCAGAAUAAAAAGGUGGGGGGGGGGAGAGGAGGAUAUAGCUUAAUCUCAUGUUGUAACCAUAUUGCAUCCUGCUUCAUUUUAACUUGAAGUUGCCAUUCAGUGAAACAGCUGCCAUUGCUCACCCCAUUAUUAGCUUCACCCCUAUCCAUUACUGACCCCAAGCAUCAGAAUCAGAUUUACAUGUUUUCUGAAAUGUGUUGUUUUGUGACAGCAGUACAGGGCAAUACAUAAACUUUACUAUACAUUACAAUACCAAAUAUACAUAUAAAAAUGAAUAAGCAGCGCAAGAAGAAAGCAAAAACUAGUGAGGUGAUGUCCAUGGGUUCAAUGACCAUUUAGAAAUCUGAUAGCUGCUCCUGAAACUGAGUGUCUCUCUUCAGGCUCCUGACCCACCCCCUUACGGUAGCAAUGAGAUGAGGGAAUCUCCUGAGUGGUGGUGGUGGGGGAGGUUCCUCAAUAAUGGAUGCUGCCUUUUUUUUAAAGCAAUGCCUUUCGAAGAUGUCCUUGGACAGAGAGGUUACUGCCCAUGAUGGAGCUGGCUGAGUUUACAACCCUCUGCAACUUUUUUUUUAAUGAUCCCAUGCAAUGGCCCCUCUAUACCAGACAACGAUGCAACCAGUCAAAUGGAUGCAUCUAUGGAAAUUUACUGAGAGUCUUUGGUGAGAUGUCAGAUCUCAAACUCCUGAUGAAAUAUAGCCUCUGUCAUGCCGCCUUCGUAAUUGCAUCAAUAUGGUGGGCUCUGUAGAAAUCUCAGAAGCUGACACUAGGAACUUCAAACUGUUUAUCCUUUCCACUGUUCACCCUUCAAAGAGAAAUUAAAAGUAUUUAAGAACACAGUUCAGCAAUACUAUUUGCUUAUUGCUGGUAUCCUGUACACCAAAAGACUUGAUCCACUACCUAUACUAAAUAAUGUUUAUAAGCCACAUUGUUAGUACAUAUUCAAAGUUCAGAGUAAAAUUUAUUAUCAGGGUACAAACAUGUCAGCACAUACAACCCUGAGAUUUUUUCACCUGCGGGCACGCUCAGCAAGUCUAUAGAACGGUAACUAUAAAUGGGAUCAAUGAAAGAGUAUAGAAGACAAGCUCUUGAAAUGCAAUAUAAAUAAAUAGCAAUAAAUAACAAGAGCACAAAAUAACAAGAUAAAGAGUCUUUAAAGUAAGAUCAUUAGUUGUGGGAAUAUGUUAACAAUGUUAACUGUUCUAUGGUGUGCGCAAGAUAUGACUGCCCUGUAAACACAUGGCUAUAUUAAGUGGUGGUGAUCUGUUUUUCAUCUGAUUACUCUUGGCUCACCUACUAUGAGAAAUAUUUCACUGUGAGAUCUUGAAGUUUAAUCUGUUGAAAAGGUUAUACAAGGAGGGGCAACCUUGUUGAAGCUCAGGCAGAUUGGCCAGUUUAUCCUUCAUUCUGAUUUUAUGUGAACAAGUUAGUGAAAUUGCCUCGAAUAGUGGAUGGAUCAGGAACUAAUAAUUUCUGGAGUUUGGUAGUUUAAUUGAAUCGUUGGCAGUAUAGAUCCUGCACCACCUCAUUGCCAGUCCAGAUGAUUUAUGUGAAAGAAAGCUUGUGUUUCUUUAGCUUUCAUGAUCUUGGGUGUCUCUUCAGUGCUUGUAAGCCAAUGAUAUGUUUACAGUGUUUUAUUCAUCCUUUUUUUUAGAUUCGGAUAUUGUUGUCAUUGCGAUCCAUUGAAGGUUGUCACUACCUUCUAUUGAUUAUUGCCUAUUUGUGCACAGCAUUCUCCUACAUGUACAGCAGUGUGCUAAUCGGCAAUAAUUUAUUACAAGUAAUGCUGAUAGUGAUAAAUAUUGACCAGGGCACUGGCAAUAACAUCUAUGCCAUCUGUUGCAUUUACUAGAGAAGGCAGAUGGGAUUUCUGUGUAACAUCUCAUUGGAAAGAUACCAGUCUGGUUCCUCGGCUCCCUUUUGCAUGUGUGCACUCUUUGACAAUACGGCACGAAGCUGUUCUGUCUAUCAUGCAGUUCUUCCUUUCUCUCUGAUACUUUUUGCAUUUUCUCUCAAUUAUCUUAAUGAUCUGUCUUUCAUUUACUUCAUCAAAAUCACACUAAACUUUACUCUAUUCACUCUAUUUACUGCUCUACCUCCUCAAAAAUCAGAACACCUACUGAACAAUAUGCAAAAAAAAAGUGAUAAAAAUUCAAGCAGUAAGUUCCACCGUUGUGUGGUAGUGUUUAAACAAUCUAACCAUGUGCAUACCAUGGAGCUGCGCAUUGAAACUGCCAAUUGCAAUAAUCAAAACUAAAUUGGAUUUAAUUGUGGUUUUAAGAUAGGAGAAUAGAGACAAUCACCCAUGUGUUAGUAAUUAUUUGUUAGAAUGGCACAGGAAUUAGUAGCUGAACUGAUUUAAAUCUGCAUUAAUUCAUUUGAUUGACAUUCCCAUUUGAAGUCUGGACGCUGCUCAGGGCCAAUGUCAUGGCAAUAGUACAAAAAUUUGUAAUGCAGUCAAUCAAUCAGCUGAAAAUAUUAUGUGAGAAACAUAUUUAAUGUGCACUAAAUUGCUAUUAAAAAAAACAGCUAGCUUUUUAAUUUUUGGGAACAUAAAUCAAUCUGUUUUAUUACAAUGUUGUAGAAAUAUUACUUUUGCAAUAAAGCCAUGAUUAUAAAUGA